CUCCCUCUUCUCUCUUCCCUUCUUCUCCCUCUCUAUAUCCUCCCUUGCCUUUUCUAUACUCUCUACCUCUUUUCUCCCCCAUUUCAUUCCAUUCCACCCUCCACAAUGGCUGCUGCUCAAGGUUACCCUCUUCUGUGCCUGGAGAACCCCCUCCUCGACAUCCAGGCUGUCGGUGAUGCCGCCCUUCUGCAGAAGUAUGGCCUGAAGGACAACGAUGCUAUCCUUGCUGAGGACAAGCACAUGGGUCUCUACGACGAGCUGUUCGCCAAGAACGAUGUCAAGCUGAUCGCCGGUGGUGCUGCCCAGAACACUGCCCGUGGUGCCCAGUACGCUCUUCCCGCCAGCUCCGUCUGCUACAUCGGAUGUGUCGGCCGUGACAAGUACGCCGAGAUCCUGAAGGAGGCUUGCGAGCAGGCCGGUGUCCACACCGAGUACCGUGUCGAUGAUGCCCAGCCCACCGGCAAGUGCGGUGUCAUCAUCACCGGCCACAACCGCAGCAUGUGCACCCACCUUGCUGCCGCCAACGAGUACAAGAUCGAGCACUUGAAGCAGCCUCACAUCUGGUCUCUCGUUGAGAAGGCCCAGUUCUACUACGUCGGUGGUUUCCACCUUACUGUCUGUGUUCCUGCCAUCCAGGCCCUCGGUGAGGAAGCCGCUGCUAAGAACAAGGUCUUCAUGCUCAACCUCUCUGCCCCCUUCAUUGCCCAGUUCUUCAAGGACCAGCUGGACAGCGUCCUCCCCUACACCGACUACACCUUCUGUAACGAGACCGAGGCUCGUGCUUUCUCUGAGAGCCACAGCUGGGGCACCGACGACGUCGUCGAGAUCGCCAAGAAGCUGGCUCAGCUCCCCAAGAAGAACUCCAACCGUCCUCGUACUGCCAUCGUGACCCAGGGCACCCUCCCCACUGUCGCUGCCACCGUUAAGCCCAACGGUGAGGUCGAGGUCAAGGAGAUCCCCGUCCGUGAGAUCCCCAAGGAGAGCAUCAACGACACCAACGGUGCCGGUGACGCCUUCUGCGGUGGUUUCUGCGCCGGUAUCGUCCAGGGCAAGUCCCUCGAGGACAGCAUCGACAUGGGCCAGUGGCUCGCUUCCCUCAGCAUCCAGGAGCUGGGUGCCUCUUUUCCCUUCCCCAAGCAGGCCUACACCCCCAUCAACCGCUCCUAAGCAUCCUCCACCAAACACCCACCUUCGGAGGCGUGGAGCCAUAGCUGAUACCUUUUUCUCUCUCAUCUACAAAAAAUUUCCUAUUUUCCCUUCCUCUUCUCUUCUAAAGAUUCAACCUUCUAUACCCCUCACGUCCUUGACUUAACGUCUUAGACUAUGCUGUUUUCAUCAACGGUCUAUGUAUGCGGAUCCUCGCUAUCACGCUUUCCCUUUGGGUUUUAUUUUCAUGAUGAUGGAUAGAUAUUGCAGAGUUGCAGAUGAUGACGUUCUCAACAACGAUUUAAUGAAGAAUUUAUCUUGGUUGUAUAUAUAAUAUAUACUACGAAAUCAGUCGAAAC